AUGAUUUCACUCACUGCCUUCUUCGUUAUUUUGCGGGCUGGAUGCGCUUUCCUUUUCAAUUCACAGACGGAUAUCGCUCAUUGCUACGAGUUAGACCUCGAGAAUUGCUUUCGGGAGGCUUUUCUGGUCAGUUCGUUCAGCGAUUGGGCAGCCAUUCAUCCACCAAUUCGAGGUCGACGAGCCCAAUCGGUCCACCAUUCCGGUAACAUUACAGUGUUGGAUAAGCGGAAAGCGGAUCCAACAAAUUUACUGCUAUGUCACGACGUGCGGAGAUUUUCUCUCUGUUUUCACUAUCCCGGAUGUUCGGAACACGUUGCUGCAGCUAUUGCGUCGGUGCAGUACCAUAUGGUGUUCGGCAAAAAACUUCCACUACAUAUUUUUCUUGCAUACAAAGGAUAUGGUAGGCAAAUGUGUGAACAAACGUGUUCUCGGGAUGCCAUGUUGAUAUGUCGAAGAGCAAUGACUGAAGAUGAACAGCAACAGGAGCAGAAUUACAUUAUGGAGGCGACGACGAUUGCUCAAAGUUUUAGUUUUGGAAAUGAAGAGACCUGUGACAACUUCCGCAGAUCGCUUGCGAAGUUAGUGCGAUUCCGUAACGAGUUCUGCGGCGACCUGUCGAGAUGCACUUGCGCCGAAGCUCGCUGGGAGGCGCCGACCAUAAGGUGCUCAUUCGACUGCGAUCGAAUGUGGCGAGAAGACGCAUUUCAAGUUGACUCCGCUCACCAUGUGGGCUACUUCGCCAUGGUUCUGCUUCUCCGAAUCACUAUGGGGUAA